AUGUUUGUUUAUGCCAUUAAAUCAUCCGCUAAACCUAAUCAAUAUUUAUUUUGCUCUAAUGACAAUACAAGAAAAUUUAAGGAUGAUUUCGAUGUUAGAACACAUUCAUUUAAAGAAACAAGAAAUAAUUGGAUUAUUCAAUGUCAUGGCUGGAGUGUAUUCACCAUCAGAUCAGAGACUAAUCCAGAUCAAUUUUUAUUUGUGGCUACAGAUAAGUCAAAUAACCAUGAUAAGGAUUUUGAUGUACGCACCUAAAAUAAGGAAAAUCAAAAUAAUCAUUGGUAUAUUGUCACUAACCCAAACUUUUCCACUCCCUAUCCUUUAAAACAUGAUCUAAUUAUUGUCACAUUCAAUCCUGCACAUUUACAAUAAAACUUUCUAACUAUUGGAGACUCUCAUAAAUCAUUCUCUGACGAUUUUAGUGUCAAUGUUAAAUAGAAUCGUGAUUAACAUUCUAAAUUUAUACUCGAUAGAGUGACUGGAGAUGCCUUUGCUAUCAGAUCAUUCUUUUCCCCUCGUUUUACUUAGUUAUUGAUAAUAAAAAAGAAUUAAAUCAAUUUCAUGAUUACGAUGUCAGAUUUCAUCCUAUUAAAGAACUCAGAAAUAUCUGGCUAAUUCAAUAAGUAGAAUUCAAUUUUUGGACCAUUCAAUCAUUAACUAACCCUAAUUAAUAUUUAUUCGCAGUCUAAGAUGAACCUCAAAAUGAUUAAAGCUUUCCAAUUAGAACUCGCCCAUUCCUAGAAGAUAGAAAUAAAUGGGUAAUUGAUGGAUUAUUAUAAUAAUGAAUAUUUGCAAUAAGAUACAAUCUUAUUGAUUUGA